GAAGAAGUCAGGAAGCAGCCGCUUCAGUGGGGGUAGUCUAUGUAAAGACGGUGAACAGUUCUCCUCGGAUUUUCCCAUUAAAUAAUCAAAACGUCGUACACAAUGAGAGGGGACCGCGGCAGGGGCCGGGGAGGCCGCUUCGGGUCCCGGGGAGGACUGGUCCAGGGGUACCGUCCAUUUGUCCCACACAUCCCGUUUGAUUUUUAUGUGUGUGAGAUGGCCUUCCCCAGAGUGAAGCCAGCACCUGACGAGACGGCUUUCAGUGAGUGUCUGCUGAAGAGAAACCAGGACCUGAGCCCCACACCUGCAGAGCAGUCCUCCAUCUUGUCCCUGGUCACAAAGAUCAACAAUGUCAUAGACAACCUGAUUGUUGCACCUGGCAACUUUGAAGUGCAAAUUGAAGAGGUGCGUCAGGUGGGCUCUUACAAGAAGGGCACCAUGACAACAGGACACAACGUUGCUGACCUGGUUGUGAUCCUCAAGAUCCUCCCUACAUUGGAAGCAGUUGCUGCUCUCGGCAACAAAGUAGUGGAGACCCUUCGCACUCAGGACCCCACUGAAGUGCUGUCCAUGCUGACCAAUGAGACGGGCUUUGAGAUCAGCUCAGCUGAUGCCACCGUUAAGAUCCUCAUCACCACCGUCCCCCCCAACCUGCGCAAGCUGGACCCUGAACUGCACUUGGACAUCAAGGUGCUGCAGAGUGCUCUGGCCGCCAUCCGCCACGCCCGCUGGUUUGAAGAGAACGCCUCUCAGUCAACGGUCAAAGUGCUGAUCCGCCUGCUGAAGGACCUGAGGCUACGCUUCCCUGGCUUUGAACCCCUCACUCCCUGGAUCCUGGACCUGCUGGGCCACUCUGCAGUGAUGAACAACCCAUCCAGGCAGCCCCUGUCCCUGAACGUGGCCUACAGACGGUGCCUGCAGAUGCUGGCUGCUGGUCUCUUUCUACCCGGCUCCGUGGGCAUCACUGACCCCUGUGAGAGUGGAAACUUCAGAGUACACACAGUGAUGACUCUGGAGCAGCAGGACAUGGUGUGUUUCACAGCUCAGACACUGGUGAGGGUGCUCUCUCAUGGAGGUUACAGGAAGAUCCUUGGCCUCGAAGGAGAUGCCAGCUACCUGGCGACAGAGAUGUCCACCUGGGACGGUGUGAUCGUCACGCCGUCGGAGAAGGCCUAUGAGAAACCCCCAGAGAGGAAGGAGGAGGAAGAUGAAGCUCUGGAGGAGGGAGGAGAUGGAGAGGAUGAGAGCAUGGAGACCCAGGAGUGAUGAAGUGUUCAGUGACUGUGGGUCAGUGUAUUGAAGACGUCCUUUCGGCUGGGCCAUGGCGUGGACAGAAACAGCAGCAGGAACAACAGAGAAAGGACUGGCCUCAUUUUGUUGUCAGUUUUUAACUUCCCUUUGGUUUUUACUUCUUAUUUGUAACUGUAAACGAUCUUGAAUUAAACUUUUUUUGUUUGUAAAUUA